AGUACGUGCUACAGAACGGCUUGCCCACAGUAGCAAUGGUUGGCAUGAGCGUUCUCAGGUCUGCAGCUGCAUUUGCGGCCAGACUGAGCCCUCUGAAAUCUGGAAAUAAUGCCGUGAACAUACUCACUAGGACGAUUCCGCAGUCGAGUAAAGUGGCUGUUCGUUGGGGUCAUGGAAAGAAAAUGUUUGUCAUCAAGCCCACCCAGUACUAUGACAACAGAUUUCUGGGUUUAUUGAAAUUUUAUAUCCUUUUGACUGGUAUUCCCGUGGCUGUCUUUGUCACCGGUGUGAACGUCUUCAUUGGAGAGGCAGAGCUUGUUGAGACUCCAGAGGGUUAUGAACCUGAUCACUGGGAAUACUACAAGCACCCCAUCACCAGGUGGAUUGCUAGAUACGUGUACGACUCCCCUGUCAAGGACUAUGAAAAAGUGAUGGCUGUAAUCAAAAUCGAGCAAGAGAAAACUGAAAUGCGACUGGCACAACGGGAUGUUCGUCGUUAUAUGAUGGAGAAGGGAGACGGUCCAUGGUACCAUGACCCAACCCCGGAUAAGGCGCUUAUUGACAACAGCCACAAGACAUCUCCCGACAGUUAAACAACUUGUCUGUUGACAAAUCACGCCGUUCUAUCACUGUACAUUUCUUUCCUUGAAUAAAUAAACUUU